GUCACGACAAGGUUCAAGCUCAAUAAUCCUAAUAAAAAAAAUUGAAUUCGAUUUAAAGAAAACUAAAAAAAAAAACUGAGAGAUAAUUCGCUGGGAGACAAACAAGAGAGGGCAGAAUCAAAUCUAUUGUCUUUUCCAUUGUCGAUUUCCCAAAGUUUAUUUUACUGUAUUGAUUUGGUGCAGAAGUUUCUGGGUCCGAGUUUGGAAUUCUAAUCAAAAGGGUUGCUUUUUAUUUCUGUCCAGUCUCUAUCAGAGAAAUGCAGGACCAGUUGGUAUGUCUUGGAUGUAGAAAUAUGUUAAUGUAUCCUCGAGGAGCAACAAAUGUGUGUUGUGCUGUAUGUAGAACCAUCAAUCCUCCUCAAGGAAUGGAUAUGGCUCACAUUGUAUGUGGAGGUUGUGGGACUAUGCUUAUGUAUACACGUUCUGCAACUAGCGUUAGAUGUUCUUGUUGUCAGACUCUGAACCUUGUACCACCAGCGCAAUCUAAUCAGACCGCGCAUAUAAACUGUGGCCAUUGUCGAACAACACUCAUGUAUCCUUAUGGAGCAUCAUCUGUUAAAUGUGCUGUUUGCCAAUACGUUACUAAUGUCUAUAUGAACAAUGGAAGAGCUCCUCUAUCGAUGAACCGGCCUAAUCGAACAGCUUCUUCACCAACAAUGUCCUCUACAUCAUCUACACAAACCGUCGUUGUAGAGAAUCCAAUGUCUGUGGAUGAAAGUGGAAAAUUGGUGAGCAAUGUUGUGGUUGGAGUAACAACAGAUAAGAAGUAAUUAAAGAGGAGAGAUCCAUUUUCUUUCUCUGUUUUUCUCUGCUCUGUGCAUAUGAUCAAAUAACAUUGGAAAAGAUCUGUUUAUGUCUCUAAAGUUCAUCGUUCCUUUUUUGUUUCAACCCCUAAAAAUUGGUGUUUCUUGAUCUCUGUUUUAAUGAGUUUGAGAACAAAUGGGUUUUGGUUUGCUUUGAUUGAGUUUUAGACUCCAGAACUCUUUUAUUGCACUUUCACAUCCAUGUAAACCGUUUAAUUGAAUGUUUUAUCUUCCUUCUUUA